AUGACGGUUGUGUGUGCAGUGGCAGCUGUCCGGUUCUUGGUCUUGCUAGCAGCGAUGGCUUUUUGCAGCCUCCCUCUGCUCGGAGUCAACGCCACCUUGAACUCGGUUCUCAUCAAUUCCAAUGCUAUCAAGAACCUGCCCCCACCGCUGGGUGGCGCUGCGGGGCAACCGGGCUCGGCCGUCAGCGUGGCGCCAGGAGUUCUGUACGAGGGUGGGAACAAGUACCAGACUCUUGACAACUACCAGCCCUACCCGUGCGCAGAGGAUGAGGAGUGUGGCACUGAGGAGUACUGCUCCAGCCCCAGCCGCGGAGGUGCGGGUGUGGGCAUACAGAUCUGUCUGGCUUGCAGAAAGCGCAGGAAACGCUGCAUGAGGCACUCUAUGUGCUGCCCCGGGAAUUACUGCAAAAACGGAAUAUGCAUGCCUUCUGACCACAGCCAUUUGCCGCGAGGGGAAAUUGAGGAAAGCAUUGUUGAAAACCUUGGUAACGACCACAGCACUUUGGAUGGCUAUCCCAGAAGAACCACGCUGACUUCAAAAAUAUACCACACCAAAGGACAAGAGGGCUCUCUCUGCCUCCGAUCCUCAGACUGUGCCAUGGGGCUGUGUUGCGCGAGACACUUCUGGUCCAAGAUCUGUAAACCUGUCCUCAAAGAGGGUCAGGUGUGUACCAAGCACAAGCGGAAAGGCUCCCACGGGCUGGAGAUAUUCCAGCGCUGUUACUGUGGGGAAGGCCUGUCUUGCAGGAUACAGAAGGAGCACCACCAAGCCAGUAACUCUUCCAGGCUGCACACCUGCCAGAGACAUUAA